GUUGCUUAAAUCCCCUACUCAGUUUCUCCUUUUCUUAUCUCAGUCUGUCAUUUAACAGUUUUAUGUUGUGUGAAAAGUAAUCCUACAACAACCAACCAUUGCUCCAUUCAUUAUCUGUCGCUCUUUCUUGAAGCAAAAGGACACAUUUUAGAUCUUCAAUUGUUUAAAGAUUCAGAAGUUUUAGUGGAAAAUAUAUAAGAAUAAAGGCAAGUUUUGGCUUCAGGGAAAAAAGGCUUAUUCCUUUACCCAAAGAUGAUUGAUAUUAUGCAUUCUGUGAACAAACCCAUGAAUCAAGUGGAAAAAUACUUGGAUACCCAUUUAUGGCAUGCCUGUGCUGGUGGGAUGGUUCAAAUGCCUCCAGUGAAUUCCAAAAUCUAUUAUUUUCCUCAAGGCCACGCGGAACAUGCCCAUAAAAAUGUAGAUUUAUGGGGAUUAUCGAAGAUUUCACCAUUUAUUCCGUGUAGAGUUUCAUCCAUUAAAUAUUUGGCUGAUGCAGAGACAGACGAGGUUUACUCGAAAAUUGGAUUAGUUCCAUUAAGAGGCAAUGACGGUGAUGGCGAUGAUGAGUAUGGACUUUUGGGAUUUGAUAAGAAUGAUGAAAAAGAAAAAUCAAAUUCAUUUGCUAAGACAUUGACGCAGUCUGAUGCAAACAAUGGUGGGGGAUUCUCUGUUCCGAGGUAUUGUGCUGAGACUAUAUUUCCGAGGUUGAAUUAUUCGGCUGAGCCCCCAGUUCAGACAAUUUUUGCCAAGGAUGUUCAUGGGGGGACUUGGAAAUUUAGGCAUAUAUAUAGAGGGACACCCCGUCGACAUCUUUUGACAACCGGAUGGAGUAAUUUUGUAAAUCAGAAGAAGCUCCUUGCCGGUGAUUCCAUUGUGUUCUAUAGGGCAGAAAAUGGGGAUAUACGUGUUGGGAUUCGGAGGGCGAAAAGGGGCAUUGGCGGUGGACCUGAGGUGUCUUCAGGAUGGAACACUGGAGAUUCGAACUCUGCCUCAUCCAUGUUUAGGGGCUUCUCCGGUUUUCUGUGCGAAAACGGGAAAUUGGCCAUGGCAAAUGUUAAGAAAGGGAAUGGGGAAAUGGAGAAAGUGAAAGCUGAAUCUGUUAUUGAAGCAGCAAAUCUCGCUGCCAAUGGACAACCAUUUGAGGUCGUCUAUUAUCCACGAGCUAGCACGCCGGAGUUUGUGGUGAGGGCCUCUUCCGUGAGGGAUGCAAUGAGAGUCCAAUGGUAUGCAGGGAUGAGGUUUAAGAUGGCUUUUGAGACCGAAGAUUCAUCUCGGAUCAGCUGGUUCAUGGGAACCGUAUCUUCUGUUCAGGUCGAAGACCCCAUCCAUUGGCCUAAUUCUCCUUGGCGCCUUCUUCAGGUAACAUGGGACGAACCUGAUUUACUACAAAAUGGGAAACGAGUCAACCCAUGGCUAGUUGAAUUGGUAUCAAAUAUGCCCGCAAUCCAUCUUUCCCCCUUUUCUCCACCAAGAAAGAGGUCGCGGCUUCCACAACCUCCAGAAUUUCCCAUGGUUGGGCAACUUCAGGUUCCAUCACUUCUUAGCAACACCCUCAUUCUCAGCAGCCCCUCGUGUUUUCUACAGCACAAUAUUUCUGCAGGCAUACAGGGAGCCAGGCAUGCUCAAUUUGGAUCAUCUUUACUGGAUCUCCACGUCAAAAAUCUGCAGCCGGGACUGCACUUGUUUGAGUCGAAUAAACUUGAUAAUCCCAUAGUAAAUCCAAUCUUUGAUUCAAUAUCUUGCUUGCCGAUUACAGUAGGAAACUCAACACAAAAUUUAAAGCUAGAUAAUGAAACACAAAAGCCUGUGUUUCUUUUGUUUGGUCAACCAAUUCUCACUGAGCAGCAAAUCUCUCAAAGUUGUUCUUUAGAUAAUCAAGAGAAUACAGCAAAUCUCUCCAAUGGUUCUGGAUCAGCAGUUAUUCAGAAUUGUCCACAAGAAACUUCUUUGGACGAACAGUUUCCACGGUUCAAAGAUCAGAAACUGGACUUUGGGUUGGCGACAGGACAAUGUAAGGUGUUUAUGGAGUCCGAAGAUAUUGGUCGGACCCUUGACUUAUCAGUUUUUCACUCAUAUGAAGAACUAUACAAAAAGUUGGCGGAGAUGUUUGGCAUGGAAAAAACGGAAAUGUUGAGCAAUGUGCUUUAUAGUGAUGCUGUAGGCACCACUAAAAAUGCCAGAGACGAAACCUUCAGUGAUCUUAUGAAGAAUGCGAAAAGGCUAACAAUCCUGAGGGAUACAGGCAGUGACAACUUGGGGAGUUCGAUUAGAAGUUGACCUUUGUCAUUGGUUAAGUUUGGAUUGCCAAGUGUCUGCUUAGCUAGGAAGAGUUUGGAUUGCCAAGUGUCUGCUUAGCUAGUUCUUCCUAUAUAAUCUCCUUCUUACAUUUGGAAGGUGUGGAAAAUAUCCCCACUUCAACUAAUUUUUGAGGUGUACACUCAAACUUUUGUUCGUCAGCUUCACUUACGGUAAUGCAGAUUCUUUCUCGAGUCUAGUAGUAGGUACUUCUUGUACACACUAUAUUGUUCUCCCUAAAAUCCUUUAUAUAUACAGAAUUAUUGGAUCGA